CUCACGAGUAAACAACGCACGUCCAGGCAAUGUCGAUCGCGAGUUAAAUUUUUGUGUAUCUCGGCAGUUUUAUCCUAGAUUUCACAGAAAAAAACAACCACAAAAUGGUCACGUUCAAUCUGUCCACCUUCCCGGAGGUGUGCCGCCUGUGCCUGCAGUCCAAGCAUCCGGACGAGCUCGUUUCGGUGGACACCGUUCGGCCGCUAUUCGAUCGCAAACUGGCGGACCUGCUGGAGGAGCUGACCUUUCCAGUUCCGACGAAAGUGGUUCCAUACUUUCCGACGGAGGUCUGCUCUAUGUGCCUGGAAGUGGUCGAUUUUUUCUUCAAGUACAAGCAAAAGAUGAACUUCAUUCAUCGGUUUCUGGUGGCGUUCGCCGAGGUGAAGCUUGGGAGUGAUGUUUCGCUGGUGAAGCUGUUCAACGAUCACAACGAUUACUUUUCGAUUCUGUUCAAAGACCUGGAUCUCUGCAACAAGGACGAACUGCUGGUGGAAGAUAUGCUAGGGGAGUAUUCGCAGUAUAAAAUUGCUUCGAUGCCGAUUGUUAAGCAGGAGGCGGAACCGGAACCGGACCAUGUUCCGGAUGAAGAUCUGACUCAGGAUGAUGAGAUGCUAGAGUUUCAAAUCGAAGUUUUGGAAGAACACGAUGAGAAAGCAAAUGAGGUGUUCUCGGCGGAGCGGUUUUUGGAGGAACUAGGGGAGGUGAAGCAAAAUGCUGCAGGCCACAAAAUGGUGGAGAUAAAAGCGGAACCGGUGCUGUUGAUGGGUUCGGAGGUUUCCGGUGAAAUCGAAGAAGCGACCUGUUCGGAUUCUGAGCAUAUUGAUGACUUCUCGGAGAAAUAUGAAGAAGCUGUAAUGGAUACGAUCGAGCAAGAAAUGGAAGACAUUCAUAGAGAGCAGAAACAGGAAGUUACUCGAGAACCAGCAAAGAAGGUUGAGCAAGUUGAGCGAAAAGAAACAUUGAAAUGUGGUAAAUGUAAAUACAAAACAACGGUUAAAGACGCAAUGGUUUUGCAUGAGAAGCGACAUGAAGAGAACGACCACCUGGAAGGAAUACAAUGUCGUCAUCAUUCUUGUUUGAAAGUAUUUUCCUCCGAAGAAGACUACCAAAUCCACCUGAAAGAAGGAUCUCACAAACAGCAUGUUUGCGACAUUUGUGGAGCAUCACUCAAGCACAAAUUUUCCCUGGAGGUGCAUUUGUUGCGUCAUGCGGGAACGCCCCGAUUCCCCUGCUCGUACUGUUCGUCAUCCUUCUAUUCGAAAACCGAGCUCGGGAACCAUGUUCGAUCGAUUCACACCACCGGCGAGCAAUGGGAGUGCCAAAAGUGCGGAUCAGUGUUUAAGAAUCGGAAGUUACUCAAUCAACAUCUGGAGAGCCAUGUGGAGGAACGCAACUUCAAAUGUGAUGCGUGCGAGUUCGCAUUCAAAACGCUGCAGCAUCUGAGGCGACAUAUCACCACGGUGCACAAGUUGGUGCGGUUCAAUUGCGGGCACUGUUCGGCGACCUACGGCCGGAAGGACAAACUGCGGAUGCACAUGGAACGAGUUCAUAAUAUCCAAUCCUACUUCGUCUGUGAUAUUUGCGUGCGAACGUUCAGCAAUGCAAAGGCACUUGCCGAACACAAGAGCCACCAUGCGAACCCAGCGGCACUGGAGUGUCCGAUCUGUUUGCUGGCCUUCGACAAUUCCCAGUCAUUCGACAGUCACGGCUGUAUAACCUAUCGCGAGGAUUACGUGUGCUGUGGCAAAGAUUUCAAAUUCCACGUCAACUACAAUCGGCACAUGUUGUCCGAGCACGGCGAGAAGACGAACGCCAGGGUGAAACCAGCGAGUGGCAUGCUGGUGGGACAGUUGAGGGCUAGCAGGCGUAGUGGGCCACCACGCUGCCGGAUGUGUGGCAGGGAGUGUUCGACGUUGGUUCAGAGGAGAAAGCAUGAGGCGAAGUGUGGUUUGUUGAAACAACGUUCCACUCUGUUGGGGCAGGUGAGGAACGUUAAACAGUCGGGAGAGUCGCAAGAGAUCGAAGGCGAAAUGGGUGAAGAGGAACACUUGAUAGAGGAUGAAGAAGAACACUUGGAGGAUGAGAUGGACGAUGAAGAAGAGGCGCAGUUCGUUAUCGAUGAAGACAUGGAUGGUGGAGCGAUGGCGGAAUGCUGACAUUUGACGGUAAGUGUAGAAGGUUAUUGAGUAAUACAUACAUUUAUUAAUCGAUUGAAA